UGCUUCAAACAGCCGAGCACCUCCCGUGCGGACGCUCCUUCAGUGAUGCUCCGGCUCUCCGGCUCUCCCGUGCCGUUGCUUCCCACCGUCACCGUUGCUCCUUGGAGCCUCUCCCGAUCCCCACGAGCCACGGCGCAGCUCCGCCGAUCCUCCCUCCCUUCCUGCCCUCCUCCGCCUCGCCCAUGUCCUUCCCGUGUUUCCCCGCCAGCAUCGACGGACCGGCGCCGCGUCGAUCUGCGGCGGGACCGCAACUCCGCAAGAGCAAGGUUUAGGUCGAGCCACUGCUCGAGUGGCGGCGCACAUGGCGGCCACGGCCACGGGGUCAGCGCCGAACCGGGCACCCCCGCUUCCUUGUGCAGUGGUGGCUGGUCCUGCCAGCGAGGGGCAUGUGUUCGACGAAAUGCCAGACAAGGAAGGGGCAGUUCUGGCCUUCUGGGCGCUGGCUCUGUUCGAUAAAAUGCCCAGCAGAGGAGAAGCGUGCUGAAGCACUUGAGAAAUCAAUGCAAAUUCCUGGCAUUGGCGAGUUGGGAGACAAUGCUCAGCUCGACGGCAUGCUUGACAUGAGGCAUGAGGCGCGCAUGCACGGCUGGUUCGUGCUGCAGACAUGUAUGUAUCCAGUGGCUGUUUUACACGGACAGAUAGCAGCUGGAGUUACUAUUGAAUUGGCUGGUUGACACAAGCAGCUUCCUAUGCAGUACAUAGGACUGGAUCAAUUGCAAAGGUUUGGCCAUUAGUGAGUUGGGAGAUGAUGCUCAGCUCGAAGGAAUGCUUGACAGAAGACGCGCAUGUUGUCGCCACGGAGUGAAGGAGUGCUGGGCUCUUCUUGGUGGCUCGAGAGCGUUGCAUUUGGCCAAGAUGGUUCGUUCUGCAGACAGACAUGUGUAUCCAGCGUCAGUGAUCAUCUUCUAUCAGUCACGCAAGUUUAUCAACAGAUGGUUUCAUCAGACCUACAAUGACAUUCCCAAGUGCCAACAGAAACAGAAAGAGUAACAGAAGUUUGCACAGCAUUGGGAGUCUUUGCCCCCAGACCGGAGACACCCAACCACAUGGUGUCGAGACUAUAAAAAGGCCAGCCCGUCUCCCCUCCAAUACCAUCCCCUAUAUAACUACCACCACUUCAGAAUUCAGAUCACACCUUCCCUCCCAAACUCAAAACAAGAAGCCAUCGCCCAUCGCAAGCAGAAGCCAGGCAAUCCACCGCCGCGCAAGAAACCAAGAAGCGGUCAUGUCAGGGAGGAGAAACAGAGGCGGAGCAAGCGCGCCUCUUGCACUUGCUCCUGGGCCUGGACAGAGGCCACCGCCACCCUCCCAGAGCUCCAGGAGGCCGGCGGCCGCCACCUUGGAACAACGGCUGCUUUCCAGUGUCCAGCGGGAGAUAGACGACGCCAGGGCCAUGCAGCGCGCCGAGGCCGGACAAGGGAGCUCCUCCCUCUCCCACUCCACCUCCGCCCCGGCAUCAUCGCGGUCAAGAUUCUGGCCGCGAGCGCGGCAGGCGGCUAGGAAGGUUCUUGGCAUCAGCAAGAAACCCUCCGCGAGGUCAGCAGCAGGAACCCCGCACGGGCAGGACACGGUAGCUGAGGCCACCGGCACGUCGGAGUCGGCGGCCGUGGCGGCGGCAAGAACUGGGACCGGUGAUGAAGCCAGGUCGGAGCAGCAGCCUGUAGAGGUCGCCCGCACGCGGUCUGAGUUCGCCGCCAUGAUGCAAACUGCGUUGGCGAAGAUCCAGGAGGGUGCCGCGGCCGACGACCAAGCCCAAGGGCAGGCAGCGUUCGACGAGAUGGAUAUGGCAAUGGCUGCGUUGGCGAAGAUCCAGGAGGAUGCCGCGGCCGACGACGAAGACCAAGGGCAGGCAGCGUUCGCCGAGAUGGAGAAGGCAAUGACCGGCCUCAUGGACCUCUCCCACAAGAAGACAUCGGGGCCACCGAAACUCCCUCGCGAUUUCGCUACCAAAUGGCCUCAUAGCGAUGGCGAUCCACUGCUUGGACGAGUAAUGAAAGAUCCUAUUAUAUUGGCUUCUGGAUAUACUGUUGAUAAAUCAUGCCAACAGUGGUCCCUUGCACAGAAAAAUACCUGCCCUGUUACUGGUCACUCCUUGCCCCACUCACUCACUGCUCCAAACCACCUCCUCCAUGACAUGAUUGCUGAGUGGUGCCUCGACCACUCUAACCUUGCCCGCUCCAGCAUUGGACGCUCGCUCCCCUUGGUGCCACCUGCAGAGGAUGAAAUUCAAGAGAUCCUAGAACUGUUCUCAGGGCAUUCAGUACGGCAGAAAGAGGCCUUGCGGAUGCUCAAUCUAAUGUCCAAAACAUCCAAGGGAAUGCAACCUUGCCUUGCCAAGUGGCCAGAGCUGACCCCACUGCUGAUGGAUCUUAGGAAGCAAUGGAUGAAUGUAUGGUCAGCUGAUAUUGAGGCGCUGAGGAUCUCAUUAAUCCAUAAUUUGUCCAUGCACAGGCCCAACAGGGAGAUCCUAGCCUGUCAGAAUGAAGUACCAGCUGUUCUAAAGAAUGUCGUCGAGAGGGCAGGAAAGCUUGGACUUUCAGCAUCAUUGUUGGCCAUGGUAGCUUCUAUAAUUGCAACACUGUCAGAGUUUGAUGUGUUCAGGAAAAGAAUGGUGACAAUAGGGGGAAUGAAAAUGCUCAGUGGUCUACUCAAGAUUGAGGAUGUUGUACUAAGGAAGGAGACUGGUGCUGCAAUCCUUGCACUCUGUGCAGAUGAGGAGGCCAAGUUAUCAGCUGCUGUUAGUGACGUGCCUGAUAAGCUGCUGGAAUGCUUCAUGGCCACUGAUGAGUUCCUGCUCCUGCUCAACCGUCUACCAAAAUCUCCAGAGGCGCUGGACAUGAUCUGUGACAAGGCUAUGGAAUUGGUGAAUAUCGUCAUGGAGGAAGAUGCUGGUGGAAUGGUGACCUCUCAGGGCAUCCACUCUGCGAUCUCCUUGAUCUUUGUCAUUACUGAGAGGGAUGUGGGUAAGCUGAAGGUGAAGAACGUGGAGGAUUUCAAGGAGCGGCUGCGGGAGCUUUCGUCGAAGAGAAUGCCGAUGCAGACGAUGUUUCAGGUGGAAAAAAUAAUCAAGGCCCUGUCAGAAAUGUUUCCAGCUCCUGCGACGCAGUGACCGAACCAGUAAUCCAGUGGAAGCUGUCUCCAGCCACAUGAAUAGACGAGUCUUACACUGUCUUUCUGUAUAGUUCUUCGUGUAUGUGUUCCAGACAGCUUUUUACUGCUGUUUGUUUACAUUUUUGUAGUGGUUUCAUUUGUUGACUGUGGCCACAUAGAGGAACUUGUUCUUACAGCCUCGUGAGAAAUAUACGUGUCAUUCUGUGCAUCCUACAGAUAAACAAAUCAUCUAGCUACCAUGUGUAGACAUUUAA